AUGUACUUCCUUUCAAGUCUCGUCUCGGUCUUGAUCCUGGCAGGCAACACUGCCUUUGCCCAGCAGCUCAGCGCCACGACCGACUUCAAGGGGUGGUUCAACGUGACCGAGUUCCCCGACCAGCAGAAGGAAAACGUCACGCGAUAUCUCGGAGAGGCCCUGAGGACAGCAGGUGCGGAUCUCUACCCACACUUUCGCCACCGCUGCCAGGCCAGCCAGGUCUACAGCACCCUCGCGAACGCUCAACAGUCCAGCGGUUUCAUCCGCCCGGCCAAGCCGUUCGACGGCGUGCACUUUGUGGGCGAGAGCUUUGUUUCCUCGUGGGCCUUUGACAUUGGCGACGGGAAUAACGGCUUGGUGCUCGUCGACGCGCUCAACAACCCGGAUGAGGUCAAGGGUGUGGUGCUUCCGGGCCUUGCCAAGUUUGGGUACAAGGGCUCCGACAUCAGGGCCAUCAUCAUCACCCACGAGCACGCCGACCACUAUGGUGGGGUACGGUACCUGCAGGACACGUUUGGCAUACCGGCGUACGCCACCAAAGAUGCGUGGGACGUGCUUGAGGCCGGAGACCCCGUUGGCCCCAAGGGGUUGGUGCCACCGUUCCAGAACGAGACUCUGACGGACGGGCAGGAGCUCACGUUUGGCAACACGACCUUUUCGUUUGUGCACACUCCCGGACACACUGAAGGGACGGUCAGUUUCUUUGUGCCCGUCAUGGACAAUGGCGAGAAGCACCUUGCCGGCUUCUACGGCGGCGGUGGAAUCCCAGCGACAGCCAAGGCAAUGGGUCAGCAGAUCGCAUCCUUCGAAAAGUUUGCCGGUAAGGCCAAGGAGAAGGGUGCCGAUGUUCUGAUGUCCAACCACCAGACGCAGGACAACUCCAUCUAUAACUUUGACUUGAUUGCGGCUGGUGUGUCGGUCACAAAUCCCUUUGUUAUCGGCACGGACGCCUACGUGCGCUACUUGAAGACCAUGUCGCUCUGCGUCCGGGUCAAGGCAGCCAGGGAUGGGCAGUUGCUUUCGAUAUGA